CUCCGCCCACCGCCGCUGCACCAUCGCCGCCGUCGCUGGGGAGGAGCUGAUGCUGCUGCUGUCACCGCUACUUGGGUCGCAGAUCCCUGCUGGCACAUUACUGAAUAUUUUUGCUGAACCUUGUUGAGAAUUAGAUAAACUACUUAGUGACCACUGAAGGAAAGAUCUAAUCAUACGACUUACGUCAGGCUGCCAUCACCAGUUCUUGCCUACGUUACUGCACUGCUGCCGACUGAUCUCCCUGUCUCUGGUCUUCCCAUCUCCAACCUAACCCCUCCGGAAUUCCCAUCUGGGCCUGUUUCUGAACAAGAUCAUGCCAUUUCCUUGACUUAAAAUCCUACAGUGACUCAUGGAAAUUCAAGGACAAUAAACUUUACCCUGAACUUGCUAAGAAGAUUAGGCAUACUCCAUCCAACACAUCAGAACAAUGUCCUAUGUUUUUGUAAAUGAUUCUUCUCAGACUAAUGUGCCCUUGCUACAAGCCUGUAUUGAUGGAGACUUUAACUAUUCCAAGCGGCUUUUGGAAAGUGGCUUUGACCCAAAUAUCCGUGACAGCAGGGGCAGGACAGGCCUUCACCUCGCAGCAGCCCGAGGGAAUGUAGACAUCUGUCAGCUGUUACAUAAAUUUGGUGCUGAUCUGCUAGCCACAGAUUAUCAAGGAAACACAGCUCUUCACCUCUGUGGCCAUAUGGAUACUAUCCAAUUCUUAGUUUCCAAUGGGCUCAAAAUUGAUAUUUGCAAUCAUCAAGGUGCUACUCCUUUGGUUCUGGCAAAGCGCAGGGGAGUGAAUAAAGAUGUCAUCCGAUUGCUGGAAUCUCUGGAAGAACAGGAGGUAAAAGGAUUUAACAGAGGAGCCCACUCAAAACUGGAGACUAUGCAGACAGCUGAGAGUGAAAGUGCCAUGGAAAGUCAUUCUCUCCUCAAUCCCAACCUACAGCAAGGUGAAGGAGUCCUUUCCAGCUUUCGAACAACAUGGCAGGAGUUUGUGGAGGAUCUGGGAUUCUGGAGGGUUUUGCUUCUGAUCUUUGUCAUUGCUUUGCUGUCUCUGGGCAUUGCCUACUAUGUUAGUGGGGUGCUUCCCUUUGUGGAAAACCAGCCUGAACUGGUGCAUUAAGAGGCUCACUGAGAUGAAGCCCAUGUAUAUUUCCUGGAUCCCAGUAUUGGUUCUCAGUUUCUCAGAAUUCUUCUCAGUGUAAGGCAGUGAAGGCUGUACAUUUUUCUUUUUGCAUUUUUACUUACUAUAACCCUGUUAGAAAAACAGUGUGUUCAUUUGAACUUCACACUGUAGUCAAGUAUCCUUAUGCUACCUCUGACUCAACCUGACUUUUGAAAAAAACCUAACCAUACCCUUGUUUGAUCAAAGCCUACUAGUGAAUAGAAUGGAAGCUAAAAGAAGAGACUAGAACUUACAAUACAGAUGUUACCCCAAUUUGAACCAAUUGGUAUAUCCAAAAACCAAAAAGUUUUCUUAAAUGAUUGAUUU